AAAAUAGUAUGCCCCUCUAAAAAGAGGCAGAGUCAAAUUUAAAUGGAAAUGUUGAAACAAGUAUUAAUUCACUGAUUUAUGACUAGUACUUACCUCAUCAUAAGCAUUUAACAAAACUUCCUAUUAAAAACAAAGUUCCUAGGCUCAAAGUUGGUCUAUUAAUCAAAGGAUAGUAAUAUUAAUUGCAAAUAGCGCUACCAACUGCAUUUAAUAUCUUGUAAUUACAUAAACUAACAUCCAAAUGUAAUAAACAUAUACAUUCAUAUUUUGUUAUGUGCAUAGCAAUUAUUUUUUGCUGGAAAUGAG